ACAUAUUUACAUUGCAAAGUAAAAAGUUGUUCAAAAUUUGACGGUGAAGACUUAAAAGUUCCGUCACAGAUCACAGUUUUACAAUUUAUAAAAUGUUCUAAAUUCUCCUAUUUUGUAAACACUACUAUUUUGUUAGCAUCUUCUAUACCAGAAUCAAAGAACAAAAACUCCUUAUCUUUUUUUGUAACUGCCAAUUCAAUUAGAAUAUCAUAG